AUGAGGCCGUCGCUACUUUCGAUCGCCUCACAGGCUCUCGGCAUGUGCUCUGCCGUAUUAACAGGCACUACCUCAGGUCGUCCUCCUACGUUUGUCAUUGACUCGCACAAGAGAGACAAGCUCCAAGAUAUUGUGACCUGGGACGAGCACUCGCUCUUUGUCCACGGGGAGCGCGUGAUGAUUUUCUCUGGGGAGAUCCAUCCCUUUCGACUACCUGUCCCAUCCCUCUGGCUAGACCUUUUCCAAAAGGCCAAGGCGAUAGGUCUCAACACGGUAUCGUUCUACGUCGACUGGGCUCUGAUCGAGGGUAAAGCCGGCAACUUCAGCCCUGAUGGCGUCUUCGAUCUCCAGCCGUUCUUCGACGCCGCGACCAAGGCGGGUGUGUAUCUCAUUGCACGGCCUGGACCGUACAUCAACGCUGAGGUCUCUGGCGGCGGGUUCCCCGGCUGGUUGGCGAGGAUUCGAGGGAAGUUGAGAACCACGGACCCCGAAUUUCUUUCGGCGACAGAUAACUACAUGGCGAAGAUCUGCAGCAUCAUUGCCAAGGCUCAAAUCACCAACGGAGGACCAGUCAUUCUGUUCCAGCCAGAAAACGAGUACACAAACUUCGAGAACGGAAGUAGUGUUGAUGGGCAAUACUUCCAGUACGUCAUCGACCAGGCACGUAAAGCUGGAAUUGUCGUGCCACUCAUCAGCAACGAUGCCAGACCUCUGGGACACAAUGCUCCUGGAACAGGUGUAGGGGCAGUGGAUAUCUAUUCUAGGGACAUGACGCCUACCCCUUGGGAUUUAAUUGCGUGUGUGGCCCUGCACUUCACCUCACACAACUUAGCAUCGUUUACUGAUAACCGAAACGCAGGCGAGUCCGAAUAUUUUCAAGGUGGCUCGUUCGAUGCAUAUGGCGGGUCUGGUUUCGAAGACUGCGCAUCAUUAGUAAACCAUGAAUUCCAGCGCGUGGUUUACAAGAAUAAUUACGCAUCUGGUGUCACUAUAUUUAACAUCUAUAUGCUUUUCGGAGGUACAAACUGGGGUAACUUGGGGCACCCAGGAGGCUAUACAUCUUAUGACUACGGGGCAGUGAGUUUUCAGCAUGCCAGAAGCAUUAUAUUACACUGGCUAACAUUAAGUAAGGCGAUCACAGAAGGAAGAGGCGUUGGCAGAGAGAAGUUCUCCGAACUGAAGCUUGAAGCCCAGUUCUUGAAAGUCUCGCCUACUUAUUUGACCGCCACACCUUACAACUCAACGGUGGGUGUUUACAGCAAAACUCCGGACAUUACCGUGACGCCGCUUUUGGGAAAUAAGACGGGCUCGUUCUUCAUCGUACGCCAUAGUAACUACUCGAGCCUGGCCACGACAGACUAUACCGUGCGGUUGCCGACAUCCGAGGGAAACAUUACCGUCCCCCAAUUCCGCACACUGCUUCAACUUGGACGCCGCGACUCCAAGGUCAUUGUCACUGACUAUCAAGUCGGCAACGUGACUCUCCUCUACUCGACAGCGGAGAUUUUCACGUGGAAAGAGUACAAAAGUCAGACGGUUCUUGUCGUUUAUGGUGGCCUCGACGAGACUCACGAGAUGGCGAUCAAGACAGCUGCGACGCCUCUCAUGGUCGAGGGCACCAAUGUUGAUCACAAUUACGUCAACAAUACCUUGGUCUUGACGUGGACGACUUCGAAGACUCGGAGGGUUGUCCAAGUCGACCAUUUAUUUAUAUACAUCCUAGAUCGCAAUUCUGCGUACAAUUACUGGGUAACAGACAAGCCCGGCGGAGGCAGCCAACCUUCCUACGGAACGUCAAUCAUGAACCCCGAAUCUCUGAUCAUCAACGGCGGCUACCUUAUCAGAUCGUUCUCGAUCCAGGGCGACACACUCAGGGUUGAAGGCGACUUCAACCGCACCACCGAGAUCGAAAUAAUUGGCGUCGAUGACAGGAUGGCCAAGUUAGAAGUCAACCGGAAACGAGUAGAUUACACAACAAACAACCUGACAAACUGGAUUGCUCGAGCGUCCCUCGUGGACAGCCCCUUCGCCGUUCCAGACUUGAAGACGCUCGGCUGGACAUUCCUCGACUCGCUCCCGGAAAUCCGUCCGGGUUACGACGACUCCGCUUGGCCGCUCGCAAGCCACACCACCACGAACAACACCAUUGCUAACCUCAAGACCCCCGUUUCCCUCUUCGCCUCGGACUACGGCUUCCAUGCGGGCACUCUUGUCUUCCGGGGCCACUUCGCCGCCGCCGGCACCGAAGACAAGCUCAGCAUCACAACCCAGGGGGGCGCGGCCUUCGCGAGCGCCGUCUGGCUCAACGACACCUUCCUUGGCUCCUUCGCCAACGGAUACGACGAUCCCGCGGGGGACAACAGCUCCAACUACACCAUGGCGAGACUGACUGCCGGCGCGACGUACGUGCUCACAGUCCUCGUCGACACCACGGGGCUCGAGGAGAACUUCCUCAUCCCGGCCGACGUGAUGAAGAAUCCGCGCGGCAUCAUGGAUUACAGCAUCACGUCGCCGUCUGGCGCACGGACGAACGUCACGACGUGGAAGGUAACGGGGAAUCUCGGCGGCGAGGACUACGCGGACCGGUCCCGGGGCCCGCUGAACGAAGGAGGUCUCUUCUUCGAGCGUCAGGGGUACCACCUGCCAUCGCCGCCCGCGGCUGCAUUCACGGCGCAACGUUCGCCGUUCGACGGCACCGAAGCCCCCGGCGUGGCGUUCUACGCCGCGACGCUCGACCUGCGCCUCCCCGCCUCGGACCUCGACAUUCCCUUGGCGUUCGUCUUGGAUGACAUCGCCACCAACGCGGAAGCGGACGCGGACGCGACGGCGGCCUACCGGGCGACGCUCUAUGUCAACGGUUUCCAGUACGGGAAGUACGUGAGCAACAUCGGCCCGCAGACGAGGUUUCCCGUGCCGGAGGGCAUCCUCCGGUACCAAGGGACCAACUGGCUCGGGCUGGCGGUCUGGGCUCUCGGGAGAGGCGGGGCGCGCGUGCGGGGGUUCCGGCUGGAUGUCGGAGAGGUGGUGACGACGGGGCGGGAGGAGGUGAAGAUUGUCGACGGCGCGAGCUGGAGCCAGAGGGCGACGGCGUAUUAG